AUUGAUUUCUGCUAAGUGAUUAUAAUACUGUAACUUACUUUUGUUCCAGGCAAAGCCUCACAGUUUCACUACAAUGGUUGAAGUGCAGUUUCAGUUCUCUAAAAACUUUCUCUGUGUCACUCUGUGAAUGCCAAAAAGUAGCUCAAGUAGCCCAGGCUCAUUAAAAUACUCGUACUGUGUUUACCACCUGAAAAGAACUCGAAAGAAAAGUGCCGGUUAAUUUCCUGAGAAAGGGUUUCAAUCUGAAUGGCUGCAGCAAUCAGUUCAGAUAGUGCUUGCCUCUUGUGUCAGUGUAUACAAGCAGGCGACUUAGAGAGUGUUAGAAAAUGCCUAACGGAUGCACCUCACCUGUGCACGUGCACUAAAAUGAUGGAGUCCGCGCAUGACUGCUGCUUUACCCUGGCGGUGAUGAGAGGAAAUGCGCACCUGGCGGAACUUCUGUCAGAUCACAGUAAAGACAUUGAUCAACUGUAUGGAGACAACAACCAGGAGUCACUUCUUCAUCUGGCUAUCCGAGAAGACGAUGAAGAAAUGGUGAAAGUGUUAAUUCACUUUAGGGCCAACCUCAACAAAGCUAGCACUAAAGGUUUUACUCCUCUGGGGCUGGCCGUGAACCUUAGUCAGCCCAGAGGAACUGCAAUUGCAAAAAUGCUGGUGAAAGCAGGAGCUUCUCCUUAUACGAAAACUGCCAUUCCGUGCAAUCGAUACGCAAAGUUUGCACCUUUACAUAUUGCCUGUUUAAACGGGAAUUUUGAAUUUGUGAAGUUCCUUGUGGAGGAGAUAUUCACACAAAGUAGUAAAAUCUUUAGAGAUUAUUGUAAAGAAACAUCAUCAGAAAUAGUAACUCCAUCUUCAACCCUGAAUGAACCUGACAACAAGCAAAUGGUGCUAGUCGAAGAGAAAGAUAACAGCAUGACUUCCAAGUCACGAAGGAAGGCAAAACACAAAAGCCGUGCACAAAGAUUGAAGCACUUGUUAAAUCAGGCCACUGGGGAUGGUUCGACACCACUUUUCAUGGCUGUUUGCAGCAGACACCUCCAGAUGGUUGAAUAUUUGAUAAAAGCAGGCGCUGAACCUCAUUUCGCCUGUUUGCCUGGCAACCUUUUUCAUGCUGCUGUACAGAGUAGGAGCCUGCAUGUCGUAAAGAAAAGCUUUGAAAUGGGUUGCGAUGUCAACCACAGAAACUCUGAUGGUGACACUCCCCUUCACCGGGCGACUUUCAUGAAUCUUCCAGAAGUAUGUGAACUUCUGCUGACAGGGGGUGCUGAGCUGAAUACUCCAGGCGGGUUUGGUCGCACACCUCUCUUUAACAGUAUGAUUAUGACCUAUAACACAACUGGAGCAAUCCUGAUACAGCAUGGAGCUGAUUUUAAUACCGUCGACUUCAUCAAAUCAGCAGCUCUCGACCGGUGUCUCAGAAACGAUGAGACCACGAUGAAGUUCCUCCUUCUGGCUGGAGCACGCAUCACAACAGAGAUAUUCACUGAACGCUCUUAUAAAUCCCUCGUCAAAGUUAACCCAACCAUGUCGUCAUGGAUACGGGAAUACAUCACCCAGCCUUGGUCACUCAGGCUCUCUGUGUUUUAAAGAUCCGAAAUCAGCUGAUCGAUGUCAGCAAUGGCAGGAGCAUCUUAUGGAGGAUUGAGGCUCUUGAAAUCUCCAAUCCUGUCAAAGACUUGCUGUUUCUUAGAGGCUUUUAAACAAUUUAUUCCUAAACUGUUUCUGUUUGAAGAAGAUGGAAGAUUCGUUAAUUCUCUUUAGACGCCACAUUCAAAUUAGAUGGACAAUUCUUUUACAUGAAAUAUCAUUGCCUUUAACGAAAGUAUUUCUUUUUAAGAUAUGCAAUAUGAAAUAUGUUUAUUUAUUAAAUGACAAACGUUUUGGCAUCUUACUAGACAGCAUUGUCUAAUCCAGCGAUAGUUUGUGAAUACAAGCAAGAGAGAUAAUGACAUCCAGUUUCCUUUGGGUGUGUGACAAUAACAUCAGGAUGAGAAUCUGAGUUUAGAAAUUUCCUUCCACUUCCCUCCUUUAUGCAUAAAGAUGGAGAUGGGAAAAAUGUGAAACUCCAAACUGCAGAGGCUGUUAGUGUUGCCUAAUAAAUGCAAUAAUAGUAGGUUUACAUUUCCUUGAAGUGUGACUAUUUAAGUCUACUGUGUCAAGAAAUUGGCUAUCGAAUGGUGACAAAAGUCUGCAUAACCCUGUGCACCAAAGUCUGAAUAGCCAUGUGUGUAAAAAGCUUCUUUUUUCAUAAUUCUGCUGGAUGUACAUCAUUUCUUUUGAAUUUGGGACAGACUGAGGUGGGAAAUGUUGAUUUCUUUUUAAUACACUUUUUCAUAAGUUUGUUUAGUCCACCCAUUUUUCAUAGCUUUAUUUUUAAAUAGUCUGGAAAAUGAAGUUAUUUCAUGCUUUCAAAAAAAAAAAAAGGAUUGUUGUUGUUAUCAGUCUUACCUAUAACCGUUACCUAUACACUUUUUUACGAUCA